AGCCCCCCUCGCUGGGGAGCGCCGGGCUUUGUGCUGCGGGACCCGCCGCCGGCUGCGCUCCGGGAGAUUCUCCCGUGACACCUCCACGAGGCGGAGGGGGAGGAGGAGGUAGAGGUGGAGGAGACAAGCCGGGGGUGUGGAGCAGGGAAGGGGGGCUAGCAGAAACAAAAGGAAACCAGCUGCAGAACUUCCUGAAGGCGGAGAAGGGGGGGACGCGGGAGCGGGCGGGCAGGCAGACGGGCGGGCAGCUGCCUGCGGUGCUGGGGAAGGGGGCGGCAGGCGGGACCCUGCCCGCGACUCAAGCCGUGGCCACCAUGACCAGCGCGAUCCUGAGGAGGAAUUCCAGUAAGCAGGGCCUGCAGAACCUCAUCAGGCUGACAGCGCAGUGGAGCGUGGAAGAUGAGGAGGAGGCGGCAAGAGAGCGGCGGCGGCGGGAGCGGGAGAAGCAGUUGAGGUCCCAGGCAGAAGAGGGCUUGAACAGCACUGUCUCCUGCUCAGAGAGCGUGGGUCCGGCACAGGAAAACCACUAUGACUUUAAGCCAUCCGGGACUUCAGAGCUGGAGGAGGAUGAGGGGUUCAGUGACUGGUCCCAGAAGCUCGAGCAGCGCAAACAGAGGUCUCCACGACAGUCAUAUGAAGACAACGGUGGUGUGAGGGAAGCUGAAGUCAAACUGGAGCAGAUCCAGCUGGAUCAGGAAAGCCCGGAGGAGGUCCAGGAGGAGAAUGUGGUUAUCAGGGAGGAAGAGAGGCUGUGCCAGGAGGAAGAACAGCUCCAAGAGCAGGAGGAAGAGGAGAGAGCCGAGCAAGAGGAAAAGAAGAGAAGAAGAAAUGAAGAAGAAGAAGAAGAAACACCAGAAAAACGCCAGAAGGCCCCAAGCCCUGCCAGCCUGGAAGAAGAAGAGCUGUGUUCUGACCACACCGCCAUGUGCUCCACGAAGAUCACAGACAGAACUGAGUUGCUGAACCGCUCAAUAAAGAAAAGUAACAGCAUAAAGAAAACUCAGCCUCCCCUCCCUGUGUCGAAGAUCGAUGACAGGCUGGAGCAGUACACACAGGCUAUUGAGACAUCCACAAAGGCUCCAAAACCUGUCCGGCAGCCCUCUCUUGACCUUCCCACCACGAGCAUGAUGGUAGCCAGCACGAAAAGCCUCUGGGAGACUGGAGAGGUGGCAGCUCAGUCUGCCAUGAAGUCCCUGCCCUGUAAGGAUAUCGUGGCUGGAGACAUUGUGAGUAAAAGAAGCCUUUGGGAACAGAAGGGCAAUCCCAAACCCGAGACCAAUAUCAAGUCUACUCCUUCUGGCAAAAAGUAUAAAUUUGUUGCAACAGGCCAUGGCCAGUACAAGAAGGUGUUGAUAGAUGAUGCUGCAGAGCAAUAGCAUGCCUGGAGAACUCAUUAACCGGCUGAGCUUGGU